GCCCUCCUCUCGGAGAGGCAGGGCAGGGCCCCUCCUCUGGAGCGCUGACGGUACCAUGAUAUAAUAAUGAUGGGUGGCGGAACUCGCAUUUGAACUUGCAGGCAAAGCGGGGCUGGGUGCUUCUCUCUCCUGGAGCUCUCCAGCCGGACUUCGCAGCCUGGAACCAGGUGCUCGCCACGGGGGCGGGGGCGAGGAGAAAAGCCCGAGCCUGGACCAGCCACUAAGCAAAGGACUUUCAGGAGGGCACUUCUGGAUUAACAGCACGCUCUGGUGUGUGUAUGUGGGGGUUAUUUUUGCUCCUUCCCCCCUUUUUGAUUUUUUUUUGGGCAGUCUCUACAAUAAACUACUUUGAAAGGUCAAGAUGUUAAAAAAUAUCUUAUGGAUUUAUUGGACUUUAGCCAUAACAUACGCACUCCGCAAAGUUAAACUGGAAAAAAGCCCACCAGUGAAGGGCUCACUCGCUGGAAAAGCCAUCCUCCCUUGCUUCUUUUCAACCUUGCCUACUUUGCCUCCUAGCUAUCACAAUACAAGUGAAUUUCUCCGGAUUAAGUGGUCGAUGAUUGAACAGGAUAAAGGUGGAAAAGAUCUAAGAGAAACCACUGUUUUGGUGGCCCAAAGUGGGAAUAUUAAGAUAGGGCAAGGCUACAAAGGCAGGGUGUCGGUUCCAAGCCACCCAGAAGACAUUGGUGAUGCAUCAUUAACUAUGGUGAAGUUGCGGGCAAGCGAUGCUGGGGUUUACCGCUGUGAUGUCAUGUAUGGAAUUGAAGAUACCCAAGAUGUUGUCUCAUUGACUGUGGAUGGUGUUGUGUUUCACUAUCGAGCAGCAACCAGUCGGUACACCCUGAAUUUCAAGCAGGCUCAGGAGGCUUGUUUGAAGAAUGGUGCUGCUUUAGCAAAUCCUGAUCAGCUGAAAGCUGCGUAUGAAGAUGGAUUUGAGCAGUGUGAUGCUGGCUGGUUGUCUGAUCAGACUGUCAGAUAUCCCAUCAGACAACCAAGAGUUGGCUGCUAUGGAGACAUGAUGGGCAAGGAAGGAGUCAGAACCUAUGGAUAUCGUCAUCUUAAUGAAACCUAUGAUACCUAUUGCUAUGUAGGAAGCUUAAAUGGUGAUGUAUUCUAUAUUACUUCUCCCAACAAGCUAACCUUUGAAGAAGCUAAAGAUCAGUGUGAGGCAAACGGUGCAGUUCUUGCUUCCGUUGGUGACCUGCAUGCUGCCUGGAGAAAUGGCUUUGAUCAAUGUGACUAUGGCUGGCUGGCUGAUGGCAGCGUGCGCUAUCCUGUUUCUGUGGCAAGAAUCCAGUGUGGUGGAGGCUUACUUGGUGUGCGAACCUUGUAUCGCUAUGAGAAUCAAACAGGCUUUCCUUCACCAGACAGCAGAUUUGACGCCUACUGCUUUCAACCUAAGGAGAAUAUAUCUGAUUCUGCAUCUGUUGAACUGAAUAUACCUUUGGAAAGUGGAUCUGCCAAUUUAUUAACUGACCUAAUACCUUCUAAAGCUGCACUUCACCCUCCUAUCUCUUCAGUCACACAAGAAGUGACUAAGGCAGAACAGGAAGAGAAGGUACCUAAGCAGAUUGUUAGUUUAUCCACCAUUCUACCUCAGACUGUUACAGACUUCUCUGAUUCGUCAGAAGAGAUGGAAGCAGGUAUUGUACCAAGUGACCUAGUAGUGAUUUCACCCACACAAGACGGCUCUGACCUCAGCGAGGAAAGCUCAGAAAGUCAGACUGAACAAAUAGAGGUGGGACCAAUAAGAACUUCUGUAGAUGCUCUACUGAGAAAUAACUUCAGUGAACCUGUAGAAACAGAGACUUCUGUUAGUUUAACAAAGGAAAAAACUCAUUAUGUCAUCGAGCCCACAAAAAAAUCAAUGGAAGCAAAAAGUGACGUAAAACUCACAACUGUUGUCAUCCCCAAACAGCUGAUCCCUGAUCAUCAUGAACCUAUAGAGCAGGAUAACAACAAUAUUAUGCCUGAUCAGAGGCCAGUUGUCUCUAGCAGCACUCUGGUGCCAGAUGAAAAUAUAGUGUCAACAACCUUCUUAGCUGAAAAUGCUACAUCUACCCCAGGUGUAACAGUAACUUCAUUUGAAAGUAAAACACCAACAAGUACAGGAUAUACAAAGAGUGAUGAAACACCAGUUUUUGCAGCAACUGAUAGAACCAAGGUAGUACACAUUGACUCCACAGGGAAAGUAGGGCAUACAGUGGCCACCACUGAAUUAGAUGAAAGUAAAGAUUCUAUAAGACUCUUCCCCACACACCCAAUUUUAGAUCUAGAUAUGACUUCAGUAUCACCAAUUGAAAGGAGCACAACAUCCUUUACCUCUGAGUUAGGCUCUGUGGAGUUAGCAAGGACCAUAGUGCCAGGGGUUUUCACUAAAAUUGAAGAAGAUGAAGUGUCAAGACAUCAUGACAUAAUAGCACCUACGCCAGAGAUGCAACGAGAAAAAACUGAAGGAACUGUAAAUGAGAAAUAUGAUUGGACUUUUGAAGGGAGUUCUGCUGAGCAUCAACCAGAUUUAGGAGUUCCCAGACAAAUAACUACUAUACCCUUAGCAGUGGAUACUGAAGAUAUAUCAGGCACAGAAACAGUUAUAUCUACAGAUGCAACAAAGAUGGUAACUCCUACUGUAAUAUCAAAGAAGGAGCCUGGCAUUUCCCUGGUUCCUGAAACCUCAGUAGAUAAAAUUGCUAAAGAUGUGGUCACUGUUACUAUUCAUACAACAACAGAGGUUACAACCGUUAUUCAAGAGGAACCUGGUACUAGAGAUCAAGCUAUGGAAAAACUGGCUACUAUCCCAGACUCCAGGCUAAUGGUUUCAAUGUUGCCUUUGUCACCUGAACAUGACAUAGCUGCUGAAGGAUCUGCAUAUGAAGAAAAAUAUGCAACUACUAAAGCUUUGGGCCCAGGUGUGAAAAUUAGAAUUUAUGAAACCAUCACAAAGCCCGAACUGUCUCCUGGAAUGGAUGCCAUCACUGAACAUAAGUUAAAGACUACUGAUGUUCCUCCCACAAUGGCAAGCACAGAAAGUGAAACCAGAGUGCCCACAAUCAAAUUUGUAGCUCCCUUUCCUACAGAAGCUGUUGUUCCUGUCACUGAAAAAUCUGUCGAUGUGGAAAAAGUACAGACUCUUACGACUCAUAGCCCAGAAGGUUCAGGAACAACAGAAGAGGCGAUAGGAACGGAACUGGUUUUGUUCUCAGCUAUUGCAACAAGUAAACCGACGAUGGUAAGUGGCAUAGCCACAGCCACCAUUGCUCCGGUAGAUAAGAUCCUACCUACUUCACCAUCCAAGCCUUUAAUUACCAAAACACAGCCACCUUUAAUUGACAGGGAACCUGAUGAAGAUACGAGCAAAGACAUGGUAAUAAUUGAGGAAUCUAUUACUCCCAUUAAAACCACUACUGAUGAUGAUUUUACAGGCAAGAUGGUAGAGCAAGAAAUUGAUACAGAAUAUUUCACAUCAUCAAGGGUUACUGCAGCUGCACAGCCUACAGGACCACCCACUGAGGUUUUAGAGUCUCAAGAGGAGCCUCCUUCUACUUCAGAUGCUGACACAGAGGUGGAAAGCAGACCUGGCAUAAAAGUUUUUGUUGUUGCUAUCUCAGGCAAUGAUACAGAUCCAUUGCAUGGCGCUUGGGAUUUAUUUGAUUACCAAGUUCAUCCCCAUGAAAGAGAUGAACACCCUACAGAUUCUGAAUCGACACAUGAUGAACCCUGCACAGCAACUCCUGAUGAAGAAUCUGCAGAAAUUCUAAUUCUGGACCCUAUAUUCUACCCAGAAAUAUAUAGUCUUGGGGAAGAAGAAGGAGAGGACGACUGUGAGAAUAAUACAGAUGUCACAACUCCACCUGCUUUGCAGUUUAUCAAUGGAAAGCAGCAGGUGACCACUGUACCUAAAGAUACAAAAGCUGAAGAAGCAAGGAGUGACCAAAUUGAAAGUUUAGCACAUUCAAAAAAUGUAACAUUUUCACACAUUAAUGAAACUAACAUAGUGUCUGAAAAUGAGGUGUUUGCCACAAUGCAGCCAAAUGACUCCACAGAAAUUGUAGGAGAAUCAACAACACAGAAGCUAACAGCAGAAUCUGCCAUAACGGAACUGGUCUUUAGUGGAGAUUCUGAAGUUUCUACUACAGAUAAAAUCCUGGAAAUAACAUCUCUACAUGGCCAGUCUUUACCAGACACUACAGAGAAAUUAACACAAUCUGGAACUGAUUUUUAUCAAAUCUCAAGUAAGCACCCUGGCAUUUUGUCUUUAAUUAAUGCAAAAUACUCUGGAGGUUUUACUACCAAGCCUGAGCCAAACAGUUACACCUUUUCACACUCAGUAAAAACACCACUAAAAGAUUCUAAAAGGUUCUCUGCUGCAACUUCUGCUCCAAAUGGACAACCUGCUUCCAUAGGCACUGAAAACAGUGCAACACUAGAAAAUGCCAUUUCUGUUCUGCAAGUAGAUUAUAAAUCAACAAUUAGACCUGAUGUACUCUUUUCUGUCCAAAGUUCAAUAGAAGCAACCAGAAGUCCUGGUUCACUGAACAUACCAGAAGGCUCUGGAGAUGUUCAACAAGAGAAUUCUAAAUCUACAACUGUGGUUAUAAAAAUGGCAGGAACAGAAAAAAAUCCUGUUCUGGAAAUUUUGUCAGAUCAUGACAAACAUAUUCCUACCAAAAGCAGCCCUGGGGUUUCACAGCCUCCUGCAUCUUUGUAUAAAGAGACUAGUCUUAUGCUUGAACAAAGUUCUGUAGAAGCUAUUACUACCCAAUCUAUUACUGAAUUAAUUUUGAACUCUUCCAAAAAUGCAGUGGAAAUGAAGGAUGAUGAGAAAGAGAGUAAGAGCACCAUUUCUUCAACUAAGGAGUAUUCAACUGCUGUUGAAACAGAAAGGUUGCUCAGGGUUGUGAGCCAGGAAUCCAUAACUCUCACUAAAACUAUGUCAGUGACAGAUGCUCUACCUCUCAAAACCAAAGAGUCCACAGAGAAGAGAAUUCCCAUAGAUGAAGGAUCUGGGGAUGGUUCCACAGAUGUUUGGAGGAAACCUGGCACAGACAUACUUUUGGGGGGUCCCACAAACAAAGUGGUAAGUACUGACUCCCCAUUUAUUGAUCCAGAUUCUGGGAAAAUCGAUAUUAUCACUAAAGCUACUACAUUGACUUCAUUCCCAUUGAGGUCUGGACCUGGAAGCAUUGCUUCACAGUUGAAAGAGAUAGACAUGCUCAGUACAGAUGCAUCACCUUUGAAAUAUGCAGUAAUUAGUAAUCCCACAAUGCAAGUGUUAAGUACUGAAUCACAUGGGGGGGGCAUGGAAACUAAAACUGACGGUCAAGUAUCAAAUGAUGUAACUGGUAACCAAGAACCAGUAAAGCAUGACCUGGACACAGUCAUAUUGUUGCCAUUUAGUGAAAAGUCUGUUCCAGAAUCAAAUGAAGAAGUGAUAACAUCUUCUACAGCAGUGGAAGAGAAAACUGACAUGUUUGAGUUAUCUGGUGUGACAUCAUCUGUGGAAUCAACUGGAAGUAGAAGCAGUAUAGUAAUUUCUGCCAGUACUCCUACACUGUUGAAAGAUAAAAUUAUUUUGCAAGAAAGAGGUUCUGAAUUUUUAAUAAAUGUAACAAUAGAAUCUGCUCAACCAGAAAGUACAAUACACUUUUCUCCAACGACGUUUGCUGAGAAAAAUGACCUUGUGGAUGUGGGCUCUGGAGAGGAAUCAAGAGAUAGCAGAAGUAAUGUGGCACUUGUGCCUCAUGGUCCUAUAGAAGAAACAAUUAAUACUAAAUUUCCAUUGAUUGAACAAGGUUCUGGAGACAUAGGUUCUUUUACAGAUCCUCCUAUAAAAACAACUGUUUUAUCUCAACUGUUGGUAGAAAAACUUGGAGCUCAAACAAUAAAACAUGAAAGUGAAGAUAGCAACAUGACAUCUAGAUACCAGCUGUAUACAGAUGCGCCUUCAAAGUUAGACAUGCAUAGUGUCCACACCACCACAAUGACUUCAGCAAAUACAGAAAUGACAAGAGAAGUAUCUAUUGUAUCAAACAUGGAAGAAGAAACACCAGCUGAAUUGGAAACAAGAACUUUUACUACAAACCCUCGUUUGGAAGUUGAAAUUAAUUCUGAUGAAGAAACAGCUGCCAAAACCUCAGAAGAAAUGGCACAAACCUCUAGAAUGGUAACACAAGAAUCUUUCAUUAAAAGUACAGAACCUGUAACUGGACAGUCAGGAAUUUUAAGCAUUCUUCCAUUUAGCCCAAACACAGAAGAAAUUAAAUUUGAUGUUGCAUCUGGAUCUGGAUCUGUGCAAAAGACUCCCUCUCCAUAUGACAAAAUCCUCAUAACUGAGUAUAAAACAUUUCAAAAUAAAGUUGUAAGCACUUCACCAACAGCAGGAGAGAAAGAACUGUUGGUACAAAAUCUUUACCCUACUGAAGACAGCCACAAACCUUCCUCCAUGUCUAAAGGGUACCAGCCAGUAAGCAAAGCAAUCAGCAAUGCUCCAUUUUUCUCAGAACAAGGUUCAGGAGAUGCAGUCUUUACUGUUCCAUCUACUACUGUACCUGUAAGUUCUGCUAUAUUAAAAGACAGUGCAAACACAUUAACUAUUGAUAUUCUUCAUCCUAAAAGUUCAGAAGCAAGUUUUUCAGAGGAAAAAAUGAAAGAAUUUGACAGAUACCCUACUGAAACAAAUAAGAAUUAUAGCAAUGAACUUAAAUAUCCACAUACUAUAGCAGAAGGGUUCCCUGCAGCAAGAGACAAAAUAGGCCCUAGUGCAUCUACCCUAGGCACUGAAGUUUCUACAGUAAAGCAAAAGCAGCUCAUUCCUGAAAAUUCUCAAAAAGAUGAAAAUAGCAAUAAAGAUGGAGGAAAUACAAUAUCAUCAGCACCAGCUGCUGCUGAUAGAAUUUCCCAGGGGGAAGCCUCUCAAGUGAUGAAGCAUGAAGAUACAACUCCUGUUUCUGAAUCAUUUAUUGGAAGCCCUAUUCUUGGAAUAGCUAAAGCAUAUAACACCACCUCAAAAAUGGAAUUGUUGAGUGUAACUGUUCAUGAAGGAUCUGGAGAAGGUUCUGGCUGGUUGGACAUUACAGAAAAAUAUUCUGAAUCACCUACGUGGCUACCAGAAAAUGUGUUAUCUCAUACUCCUGGUGAAAACUAUUCAGAGUUUGUGAACCCAGCUGAAGCAAUAAAUGGAUCCCAAACGGUAUUGGUAUCAUCACCUGACCAUGAAGAAGAAAAACAAAUGCAAUCAAACUUGGAUAGUGAUCUUUCAGAGACAUUUGCAGAUGAAAGUUCCACAAACAGCAUAAAAGACUAUGAAGAACUUAUCCCACUGGCUGGUGACAAAAAAAAUUAUUCAGGGGAUAUUUCUAGCUUUACUGAUGCUAUUGGAGCAGGCCAUGGAUUAAUAUCUGAUGAAACAACAAUUAUAGAUUCUGAUCACUUGAUAUCAAAUACUGAGGAUAUAAGUGGCCAAACAAGUGUAGGUUCUAAGAGACACUCAACCUAUAGUAUUUAUACUUCCAUAAUGGAAAUUCAGAAUGCGACACCUUCAGUUACUUUAGUUGAUAAUAAAUCAGAUGGCUUUGGAGAUAGUCCGGGAAGUUCUGUAACCAAUAAGUUCAUAUAUAGUGAACCCAUGAUAUCUGAACCAACACCUACAUCAGAUGAUGUGGGUUCAGGAGAUGUCAUACCUUUCACAACAGAAACUCCUGUCACUCAAGAGCUGCCAAAAAUAUUCACUCUGCUUCCAACCAUGCCACUUCUUGUCAGAUCUACCAUGCCAGCUCCAUCCAGCUCCAAAAUUGAUGAAAAGGACAAAGAAUUAGAUUUUGAAACUAAACAUAUAGAUUCCAGAAAUAUGAUAGAAGACAACUCUGAAGUACAAACAUUGUCAGAUAACCAAGCAAUUGCUGAUGAAAGUGAAAUUGUUUCUACUCCUGGCUCUUCAAGUAAAGGACAAGUAGAGAUGGAUGAAAAGAAAUUUGUGGCUCCUUCCUCUGCACCACCAUACCUACUUGUUAAGCCAUGGCAAACUUUGACAACACACAAAUCUGAAGAAAGUGCUGUUACUGUACAAUUUGCUUCCCAAAGCGUAACACAUUCUGAAGAAACAAGUCAUAAGGAUUACAAAGGAAUGAAAAAAACUGCAGCCACAGAAUCCAUAGAAACAGAUCCAGAAAAAAUAUGUCAUGUAACUCAAUCGCCAAAAUUGCCUGUGACUGUCUAUUUACUCGAUAGAGCUUCUGAGUACCCUGAAGAAAACAUGCCAAGUACUUCAUCAUCAACUGACAACGACAAGCAUGAUUUGUUAUUGAUACAAACCUUUAGAGAAGCUAGUGCUGACAUUGCAGCAACUUAUAAACCUUCCCUGAAAGAUUCUUCAGGUAACACAGAGUUCCCAUUAGCAUCUACUCCCAAACUGGAAUCAGAAAGCAAGAUCACUGAAUCGACACUUACUUCUCAUAUAAAAUACAUGACAGAAAAGCCAGGAAGUUCAACAAAACUGAUUACUGCAGAAGAAACCACUGCUCCUGGAAAAUUUCUUUCAAAAGAUGAUAAACCAACAACCUUUAUACAUCCAGGAACUGAAAGUUUAGAAUCUAGCUCAGAAGAGGAAAUUUAUCCAGCGAAAGUGAAGGAGUUUAAUCAGUCAGAUGAAAAUAGUGCUGAUGGAGACUUGCCAUGGAUACGCACCACACCUUCUUCUAUUCCACAUGAAAGUAAAACAGGUGGAGUAUUUGGUGCUGAUGGGGAAGCCAAUAGUUGGCCAAUUUCACCCCCACCAUCUAUGGACGCAACUAUAGAAAUCCAGACUGCAACCAAAAACCCAGGUCCUGAAAACACUCCAGAAUAUAAUAAGCAGACAAACACAGGGGAUAUAGAUAGCAUUGAAUUUGUAACACCACCACUCUUACUUCUGGAUGUUACUAAUGGAUCAGAUUUCCUGAUUGGCACAGGUGGGGGUUCAGUCGAAGGCACAGCAGUUCAGAUCCCAGGCCAAGAUCCAUGCAAGAGUAAUCCAUGUCUGCAUGGGGGCACUUGCUAUCCACGUGACUCCUUCUACAUCUGCACCUGUAUGCCGGGUUUCAGCGGUGACCGGUGUGAAGUAGACAUUGAUGAAUGUCAAUCCAGCCCUUGCAGAAAUGGAGCCACAUGCAUUGAUGGUGUCAGUACAUUCACUUGCCUUUGUCUUCCAAGCUAUGUUGGAGGUCUUUGUGAAAAAGAUACUGAAACCUGUGAUUAUGGAUGGCACAAGUUCCAAGGGCAGUGCUACAAAUACUUUGCCCAUCGCCGCACAUGGGAUGCAGCCGAGAGAGAGUGCCGCCUCCAGGGAGCUCAUCUGACUAGCAUCCUGUCUCAUGAAGAACAGCUCUUUGUGAACCGAAUAGGACAUGAUUAUCAAUGGAUUGGCCUAAAUGAUAAGAUGUAUGAGAGUGACUUCCGCUGGACUGAUGGCAGCGUGCUGCAAUAUGAAAAUUGGAGACCAAACCAGCCAGACAGUUUCUUUUCCUCUGGAGAAGAUUGUGUUGUUAUGAUUUGGCAUGAGAAUGGCCAGUGGAAUGAUGUACCAUGCAACUAUCAUCUCACCUACACUUGCAAGAAAGGAACAGUUGCCUGUGGACAGCCACCAGUCGUAGAAAAUGCAAAGACUUUUGGGAAGAUGAAGCCUCGUUAUGAAAUUAACUCGUUGAUCAGAUACCACUGUAUAGAUGGUUUUAUCCAGCGCCAUGUUCCAAUCAUCCGGUGCCAAGGAAAUGGACGAUGGGAUUUGCCUAAAAUUACCUGCAUGACUCCAUCCUCAUUCCAAAGGACUUAUUCUAAGAAAUACUAUUAUAAACAUUCUUCACCAGGAAAGGGAAACUCAUUAAAUUCAUCAAAACAUUUUCACCGUUGGAUCAGGACAUGGCAGGAUUCAAGGCGCUGAAGGCACUCUGGUGAAAGUGAGAUGUUCGCCAUGCCAGCCAAAGUCCUAACUUAACUGUGCCUUUUAAAAAUCUAUUAUAGGAGUAUUACCAAGCAUUUUUGGAAAACUUAAGGACCUCAGAACUCACAACACAUAUCAGUGAUUGCUACAAAUGAAAAUUCGAAAAGGGAGUCAUAUCCAGCCUAUCUAUAGUAUGUCAAUUUCUAUAUGUCAUUGGUGAGGAACGUUAGAUUCUCUAUCCCAGCAUCCUAUAAUAAUUAAACUCUUCCAUUUUAGCACCAAUGAUAAUGUAAAUAAGAUGAUUUAAUGGUGUUUAAAUGUGUUUUGCGUUCAAAAAAACCUGUAUAUACAAUGAGAUGUCACACGUAAGUUCAGGCUUAUUUAUGGCUAUUUGGCCUCAGAGGUCUUUAAUCAUUUAUUUUGUUUGACUUGAGGUACUUCACUAGGCUGGAAAUAGUUUUAAAUUGCAGUCUGCUCUCUUUUUUGUAACCAUGGGAGAAAACGGCUAUGACAACCUGAGGAUGAACAACGAAAGUAGCAAAGGACACUGUUGAUUCCCCAUAGAGGUCCAUAGAGAACUGUGUGAUACAAACUUUGCAUAUAAGGAGCACAACAAGCAGGAAUGGCCCUGAACAAAGGACUGCAAUGUGGAACUUGACUUCUGUCCUUUCCAGCUUUGGCACUGAUUAAAAGGGACUUGCCUGGAGGACUUUUUUUUUUAAUGACAAGGAGGGCCUGUAGGAAUAAUAAUAAUAAAAGUGCUAAUACAAUAAAUCUCAACCAGGGCCACUUUUUAAAAAGAUGACUUUUACAACACUAACAGUGGGUCUAUGUUACAGGUCUCUGCAUUUUAAGAUGGAGAUAGAUAGACCUACAUUUUUUGUAAAAAAUAAAAUAAAAUAAAAAAAUGAAAAAGUAAAUAAUUUUGUAUAUAUAAAUAUAUAUAACCAUUUUAAUCCUUUUAUAAAGUAAUGAAUGUUUGUGUAUGAAUGCUGCAGCUGUGAAGCGUACCUAAAUAAAUGAA